UUUGGUUCAAUUAGCUCAUUCCAAACGUCCAGAGCAGGUGUUUAGGUUUUAGGCGGGGCGAUUUUCCCCACAUUUUGUCUCCAAAAUUCUCUCCAAUUCCGGAGUAUUCCUGCCCGACACAGACAUGGGGUGCCUUUGCUCACACCCUGAAGAGCCGGCCGCGCAAGAGGACGAAGCGCCGAAGGUGUACAGCUGGGACAAACGCGACAAGGUUGACCCAAAAGACUUCACCAUAGCGAACCUGAAGGACGAGACAGUCGGCCGCGUGCCCGGGACGGUCAACGGACAGCAGUUCAUCAUCCAGGACUGCGAGAACUGCAACAUCUUCAUCUUCGACCACUCCGCCACGAUAACCAUAGACGACUGCGUCAACUGCCGCAUCUUCCUGGGACCAAUCAAGGGCAGCGUCUUCAUCCGCGACUGCAAGGACUGCAAGUGCAUGUUCGCCUGCCAGCAGUUCCGCACGCGGGACUGCAAAAAGAUCGACUGUUUCCUGAGCUGCGCCACCCAGCCCAUCAUCGAGGCAUCCACGGGGAUGAAGUUCGGCUGCUUCCAGUACUUCUACCCCGAGCUGGAGUCACAGUUUGCGUCGGCGGGGCUGAGCGUGUUCAACAACAACUGGAGCAACAUCCACGACUUCACACCCGUGCCUGGGGAGACCAGCUGGAGCCUUCUGUCAGAAGACAUCAAGGUUGAAGACUGCCUACCAAAUCCCACCACAGAACAGUUCCAGGGCGUCCAGAUCUCCACCCAAUCACAGGACAGUGUAAUCCCCAUCACCAGAGGAUCACGGAGAAAGACGUCAGACGAGUCGUGUCUGGUCGUGUUCUUCUCCAGCGAUGCGGACAACAGAGACCUGGCGCGGCGGUUCCUACAGAAGAUGGGUCAGGAGGCUGCGGGUUGUGCCUUGAUGCAGACGAAGGAGAUCAGUAUGACGGGGGAUGACGUGAGACGGGUGUUUGGGUCGUCUGCUGAGUUGGAGCUGUUUGUACAAGCAGCUCAAAAAGGACCAGUGAUUGGUAUCGAGUACAAUGGAACCAGCAGCGUGAGCGUUUGUAAAGAACACGUCCAGGCCGUGGUGGGGAGCGCCGCUGCAGUCGUCUACACUUCUGACAGUCCGGCCAAGGCGGCAACAGACGUCGACAACUUCUACAACUUUGCUGACAUGCAGAUGAUGUGAACAUCACAUCAUAUUUUUAGGCCACGCCAAAUUAUUUUCCUUAGUUCUCCAAUGUUUUUAAGCACGAAACAUUGUAAAACAAAAUAAUUGGGAAGAAAAUUUCAACAAUGAAGGAAUCGUCAUUCCAAAUUGUUCCAAUUUAGGUUUCUUCAAAUCCAAGAACGUACAUGUAUGUAUUAAAUUGGUGUGGCCAAACAUAAAAUGUGUCUCAGUGUGUAGACUCCUCCAGAUUUCAUAUUGUUAAAUUGGUAAUACAUGUAUCUGUGUGUGUGUUUGUUUGUUUGUUUGAAGUUGUAUGUAGAAAUACAGAUAAAUAUUAAGUAUCUUCUCAUCAAACGUGCUGAGAAUAAGUAGCCAAUAUAUUUUGUAAGGAUCGUAUUUGGCUAAAUGUUAAACUCUUGAAGUCUGGCUACAUAUGUAUGUAACAAGCUCCAUAUCUUGUGGGAUUUUUGAAAUCAAAGUCUACUACAAAAUGUAUUUGUAUGAAUUGAUAUUGCUAUGUAUGUAUUGGACGGAGCUAUUUACAGAAUGUUUUAUUUUGCAAUACAGGAAUGUAUUUCAUUAGUUUGAUAUGGAAUAGAUGGAAAGACAGGCUUAAAAUAUUGUAUUUGUGGAAUUGCUAUAGUAAAUUAUACCAUGAUAGUGCUGUACCAGACCUCUAGAAAGAUAAGUUAUUGUAGGGCUAAAAUAUGGCCUCAGCCAGGCUUUAGAGGUACAUGUUGAACCUAAAAAGAGUAGGUAUUGGCCAAGUAGACAGAUAACUUGCCGGGGGAGUUGGUCUGCUAUUGUUUGCCAUUCUGAACUGUACUGAUGCUGGCAUAUUAUCUGUCUUUUUGACAGUUUGCAGAAACGUUUCCUAGGUUGCAUUUAAAAAAUAGACAACAUGCAAUGUUUUCGGGGUAAAAAGAUUUCACACUUGGUAAAGUUGGUAUUAUGAAUCACAGUCAAGCUUUAACAUACAUAUACAAUGUACUUACAUUGUAUCUUCUGUUAUACAAAUAUAGUAGGGUUCUAAUGAUGGGUAUUUGCAGAAAAUGUAGACUUUCCUACAACUGGCAUUAUAAUUUGUACAUACAGUAGGCAACAGAAAAAUUUAUUUUGAGCCCAGUGUUAUAGCACAUAACAGUGAGUGCCCUACACACAUGCUGUAAACUUAAUAUGCCAGUGACCAUGUUUUAAAGUUGAAAUGCCUUUGCGCUCACAACAAGCUUGCUUGUGAAUUAUAUGUCUUUUCGCAUUUAGAUGUAUCAAUGUUCAGGGCUCGAAAUUCCACUUAUUAUAAUACAUGUAAGUAUAAAUGGACUUUUACUAUCAUGAAAGUUCAUCUUUGUUGGGAGUUACAUGUUUGAAAAGAUUUUGAGUUGGAAUUUUGUGAUAACAGGAAAGACCUGUGUAAUGGGACCAAAGUAAAGGCCAGUUACAAUCAUUCCUUCAGAUGUUAGUCACUAACCAACAUGAUUAUUUCCAUAGAUAGAAUUGGAGCAUUGACUUCUCAAAAGGGACCAUGUGCCUUUAGUUUUGUUUUGUCAAAUUUCAGAGAAAGAGAGAGUUAGAUAAAAUGGUCUUAUACAGGGAAUUGUACCCCAGGUAUUGGUACUAGAAAAGACCCUAAAGAAAGUUGAAAGGUUUAAUAAAACAAUUGAGUAUACUAAAUAUUUCAUACAUUAAAUAGCAUACCAUUUGAAAGCCUAAGUGUAUGUGAUAGUACAUGUAUAGAUUGCACAAAAAUUGAUACAUCUCAUCAUUAUAGCCAAUAUUUUGUUUUUCUGAGUCAUCUCGAGAGAAAUGUUUCAUAAAGCAUUGUCACUUCUCUGAAAUAUGAAAGCCAUUAAUUAUGUUUGUUAAUUGCCUUACCUGCCCUUUUUCCAGGAAAAACAGAAAAUGUGUCUUCUCUUAAGGAAAAUAAACUGAAUAUGUAUCACCUGU